UACGUGGAAGUUGAUGGUGUGAAGCAGCUGUUAACGAAAAAUCGACCCUGAAACUGGACUUUUUCUUGUUCUAUCUAUUAUAAGACUAUUGAUACUUGUCUACUCGACAUUAGAGACCGCGUUCGUGUUGUUAUGACGAAUCUCAAAUCCGUUAGUCGAGCCGAGACGUCGACCAUCUGAAAGGUGCUUUUCAUAUUUUCACGCGGCGUCCGAAGUUACAUCUUGUAAAGACUAAGUGGUUUUAUUUUAAAAAGUUUGCCUCGGAACAUAGGACUUAAGGAUAUAAGUAUAUAUCCUAUGUUGUGAUGUCGGCAGAGGUAAAGAAAAUGCCUUCUCAAGAAGUAACUGGAGGAAGCAAGAUCGAACUUCGCACUUCGUCCGGUACAGUCAUUUGUUUGAAUUUCUCAGAGGAGGACCAAGUGCUGCCGAAGAUUGUUCGCCUCGUCGACCCAGACACAGAUGACACUGCAGUUUUCCGGUCGGAAGAUGGAGUUUAUCACGAGCUAGAUUCAGACUCUGCUGCGAACUUGCAAGAAUUUCAACACAUGAAUCAUUGUCACCAUUGCAACUGCAGCGAUGGGAACGAACAAUCUUCAAACACGAAUACCGAUGUCCGUAAGGGAGACGAAAGGGGUGAUAAACAACGAGAAAAACUACAAAAGAUACUUCGGGAAAGGAAGGCGAACAAAAAAGAGGAUGAAAAUUGCAAUGGCCACUGCCAUCAGAUAAUUCAACUGCCGAUACAAGGAUUGAAACAGUAUGUACGAGUUAAUUCAUCCCAGAUGAAUGGUGAACACAAAACGAGCCCUUCUAAAGACGAUUCUUCACCGGAAUCAAAGCCAGUCAAAGGGAAAAAUAUGUUAGAGGAACUUAAGAUUCACAAGGAACCAGAUAUUGAAGUUGUAAACUGUACGACUGUCAAGGUCUCUUGGGCUGGACAAGUUAGCAACAACAGCCACCUUAAUGGGUGCAGUUUUGAUCUACAAAUGUUCUCCAAGGCAUCACCAUAUAGCUCUAUUUACAGUGGUUCAGAUAAAGAGUUUAUUGUUAAGGAACUCAAACCAGGAACACAGUAUAAGUUUAGAUUACAGGCUGAAAAGGAGGGUGACAAGGGAGAUUUCUCUCCUGAAGCUCUUUGUGAUAUGCCCUGUUCAGUUCCAUCCACACCUAAUCAGCCUCAUGUUGGAAAUAAAACAAAGACAAGCUUUACUAUUAAAUGGACGGCACCAUCAGACAAUGGUUCCCCAAUCACAUUAUACAGACUGGAAUGGAACAAGGGUGAGAAGGGGGGUCCCUACACUGAGUGUUACUGUGGGUCCCAGAGACAGUUUAAACUGACACAUAAACUACCCCCUGCCACACCUUGUUCAUUCAGACUUCAAGCUGUGAAUAGCAUAGGAGCUAGUAAAUUCAGCAAAGAUUUGAAGUGUGUCACCAGUGCAGGAGCACCAUCUUCACCCUCCCCUCCCACACUAGACAAAGCAGGUGUCAACUUCCUGAAUCUUUCUUGGAGUAAACCAGAAUCCAAAGGAGCUGAAAUAUCAGAGUAUUUGUUGGACAUGGAGGAUGGUAGUACUGGCUAUGGUUUCCGUCCGGCGUAUAGAGGAACUGAAACGACUUGUGUGAUUGAUAAGCUUCAAAGAAAUACUUGUUACAAAUUCAGGCUUCUUGCUUCUAAUUCACAAGGAAAAAGCAAGUGGAGUGAGACUGUCAUGUUUGACACUUGUCCAGAACGACCAGGGCAGCCAUCUCGGCCAGUUCUUGAAGGAAAACUUAGAUCCUCAGGAUUCACUGUUGCUUGGGUGCCACCAGAGGACAUGGGAGGCUCAGAGAUCUCAGCUUAUGUGUUACAAGCAGAUGAUGGUAAAGGAGGGCAAUUUACGGAAGUGUACAGAGGUCUAGGGUUUGAUUACACCUUUACUGGCUUAUCUCCUGGACAUCUUUUCAGAAUUCGCUUAGCAGCUGUUAGCGAUGGUGGUACUAGUGAGUGGUCCAAAGUGACAGAGAUCAGGACCUUACCAGUUGUACCUGGCCAAGCAAACCCUCCAGUCUUAUCAAAAUCUAACAAACCUCAGCCAAACACACUUGAUCUUCGUUGGGAUCCACCCAGUUAUGAUGGGGGUGCUGCUAUAUUAAGCUAUAUCAUGGAGAUGGAAACCCCUGGAACAAAGGAGUUCAGAGAGAUCCACCAUCUUUGCGACAAUAUGUGUACGGUAGCAGGACUUCUUCCAGGAAGGACGUACUCUUUUAGAGUAAAAGCAAAGAACAAGGCUGGGGUUGGCAAGGUGUCAGCAGUAUCUCACAUAACCACUGCACCAGGCUCCCCUGACACCCCAAGAGCGCCGGACACCUUAUGCCGCUCGGCUGCAGCUAUCAUCGUGUCCUGGGAAAGCCCGGCAGAGAAUGGUACACCAGUGACUGGAUACACUUUAGAAUGGAUGGAAGAUGGGGCGUUCACUGAGCUUUACAGUGGCCCAGACAAAACGUGUGAAGUCCGCAAAGGAGUCAGCCCAGCAAGCUUUUAUUACUUCAGGGUCAAGGCUCUUAGUGCAGUUGGUCCCAGUCUGUGGAGUCCAGUUAGUACUUGUCAAACCCCGGCCGCCUCACCUUCGGCUGUAACUUCAAUAAGAGUGGUACAAAAUUCUUCAUCUCAUGUGAGCCUGCGCUGGAGACAUCCGGGAAACAAUGGCGCCCCUAUUACGUCAUACAACGUAGAAGUGGCCGGCUUUAAAAACAUCAGUUUUGACGUCAGCAAUAGCGAAGGGUCUGAAGCCGAGGAAGAAACGACAUCUGUUUAUCAGGACUAUGACAUCAAUGAACUUCAACCUAACACUGUUUACAGAAUUCGUGUUCAAGCUGUAAACAAAAUAGGCUGUGGACCAUUUAGCGCCACCUUGUUCGCGUCCACUGGCGACCUCCCCCCUCCCGCUCCGCUGCUAGAACUUGCCACGCCUUCUUACCAGAGUCUAAAGCUGAGGUGGACGUCACGUGGCACUAAUGGCAAGACAGGCACGGCUGGUGUGACGUACAAACUUGAAAUGUUGGACAAAAACGGAAGCUUCGUUACUGUCUUCAACGGUCCAACGACAUCGCACAAGGUUGGCAAAUUACUGGAGAGGACCGAGUAUCAGUUCCGUAUUCAAGCCAGUAAUGACGCGGGGCCUGGGUCCUUCUCUGAUGUGGUGUCGUUUGUAACGACUGCGCAGCCACCAAAUAUAGUCAAAGGGUUGAAGGUAGAGAACGUGACACCUUCCUCACUGAAUGUCAGCUGGGAGGCUGUGCAAACUGUUAAGAAAGGAGAGCCAAUUGAAUAUUUACUGCAGAGUCAGUGUGUUGGAAAGGACCCCGAUUUUGUGCAGGUGUACCAGGGGCCCAAUACAAAAUUCGAGUACAAUUCGCCCCCAGGUUCUGCUGAGGUUCGAUUUCGAGUUUGCGCACUACGUUUAAUGAAUGCUCCGAACCAGUCCCCAGGCUUCAUCAAAGGUGUCUUCUCCGCGGUUUCUUCCGCGAGGAUUAUGACACCGAAGAAGAGGAAGAUUUUGGAAAGCAGCGCAGAAAGUGAUGAUCGCAAACCGGAAAUCAAAGAGGCGACCAGGGUAGUUCUAACUGAUACGCAAUGGGCUAUGAUUUUCUUCUCGGGGUUUUCGUUGCUGGCGAUCAUAGUAAUCCUUCUGCUGCCUUCUCUUUUGGAGUAUCAGAUUAGUUAACUACUUUACCUUCAGAUUUCUUUUCCGUUCAAAAAAACGUCUCUAAAUCAUUUUGUAGGGCUUAGGAAAACCAAAGUGACUACUGAAAAGUAUUAGUCAGUACCUUUCAUUUAAAAUGGUCUCUCAGUAAGGUUUCAUCGCAGACGUUAAAAAGACCUACGAAGGGUUUUUUUCAUCGAAAUAAGUAAGACUUGGUCAAAGUGCAGCUUCACACAGCUUUCAGUGAAGUGAUUUUAGUUCUAUUGGGUCCAUGUUGUUUGCUUGGUUCCGGUUUCUCAAAGGAUGGAUAACGCUAUCUGCUGGAUAUAUCUCCAUCCUGUGGAUGGUGCAGUAUGUUUUUGUGGACACUUGUUCACUGGAUAGCGAUUUAUCCGUUGGAUAACGUUGUCCGCCCUUAGACAACUGGGCCCUGAUGGAUAUCGGUUAAAAGAUGCUAUUUGGUUAAUUGUGAAAGAAGAUUAAACACGGAGGUUGAAGGCAGCGCCUCCAGCAACAGUGAUGAACGUCAUAGAAAGCGCAAUUCUUGUUUACGGGGUAGAACUUUACUGAACUGAUUACAUAUGAUGUUUAGGUUUCAAUCUCCAAGUUCUUAAAAUUACUAAAAUUAAUUUGAUUUUUUUACUGUUGGAAGUAAAGUGGACUUAUGUGCGAUAUUUUUAUGUGCUUUUCAGUCUUAAAAUUCAACUCGGCUAUUAGGCGUAUUAAGUUAUAGUUAUUUUCCGAUAGCCAACGUAAGGUGUGCUGAAGGGAAACUAGGUAGCCUCUAGAGGUAUUUUAAGUAUAUCCUAAAUCAUUUCGAUGAUAAGAAAAUUGAAAACUGGAAUUUAAAUCAUUUAUUAGUAAAAUACUGGCAAGGCUCUUGUCCGUUCAUGUUUCGGGGGAUAUUCAAUGAGAAAACUGUCACGCAAAGUGUCACGCAAAACGUUCUCCUACUGUGGUAUAAACUGUACGUAACCAAGAGAGGAUAUCAUGGAAGAAUGGUACUGUUUAUAUGGAGCCUCGAAGAUGCCUUUUGACGUAAAAAUAGUCUUAAUCAAUGAUAUUAUCUCCAAGAGCGUUAAUGACUAAGUAUGUCUUUAAACAAUAAUUCAUGCAGAUCUACACUUUCGUAUGUAUUGAUAAAUUUCGUGAAGAAUUAUAUGAUGGGUUUGCUUUCAACCCGGCCACUUAAGAAAGAAAUCCUAUAUUCAACGUUUAUCGUAAUUCCUUUGUUUGUUAUGAAUUUGGAUUGGAUUUGGAACAAAUUAACUCGUUGUCCUUGAAGAGAAUGAAAUGUGUGGGAUUUGUUAUGAGAAAAAAGAAAAUGAAUUUGAGCUUUUUCUCCGGAAACCUGCAUCAGUCUUGUAAAUGUAAUCUUUUUCAGAAAACUUAUCGUUGCGAUGUAUAAUGGUAUUGUUCCUAGCCUCGUUAUCCACAUUCUUUUGGCUGUUAUUCUUAGAGUGUUCUUAGCCUAACUUAGAAUAUAUGUCACUCUUUGGAAUGCCGUGUGGACAGUUUCGGCUGCGAAAAUUGAAAGCAUUUUUCGGUUGUAGGAGUAGGAAAGAAAGGCAAGUGAAACUGUGGAACCUUUAAGUACCAACCCUCAAAGGUUCUCACCUCACCGAAAAAUUUGAGCUCACGAAUCUUCAGUCAUGUGUGACUUUGAUAUUAUCGACUGAUAAUUCUGUAGUUAAUGUAGGUUAAUUAGUUCUUAAAUGCGUGACGUAUUGCAGUUAGGCUCGCAUCUCCGAGAACGAGUCUUUUGAGUGUUUGAAGCAUAUAUAAAGUUUAAUUAAUGUCGUAAUCAUCUCUUAAUGAGGCGGUCCGCUAUUUUGUGAAGUUCUAGCAAGUACCCCUUGAUAAAGUCAGCAUUAUCGGUGCCCACUCUUAAGGACUUUCUCAGUUUAGUCUGUUUCUUGAAUGUCUUCAGUGUCUGCUGCUGAUUGAUAAAUGGUAGAUGUCUGGAUUUUUUUUUUUUUUUGUGAAUACCGUAAAGGGAAGGUGAACACAUAGAAGAGCGUUUCAAUUGAGUGUCGUCAAAUAGAAGCCAGAGUAAUUACAACGGCCAAUUGGAACACAGAUAGAUAUCACGACCAAUCAGAAAGGCGGGAAAAUGCGAGUGACUAAGUCACGAUUGGUUUUAGCUUUGCAUCUUAUUGGUUGCAAGGGUGACGUAAUACAAAGCCAAGCAACCGCGGAUUACUCUCGACACUCAAUUGAAAAUGACGUUAUUCACGUAUAAAAGUUAGCCAAAGUUUCUCCCACAGAUAGAUUUAAUCAUAAUUUAGUGUAAAAGGAAAUGAAAGAUGUUGGUAAUUGGAAUCGUUGAAUGGCUCAACCCACAGAGCGUUAAAGAUUAUUGAAAAUGAAAUGCGAAGAAGAGAUAUAUUUAUUUUUAGAGAUUAAAAACACUGUAAGAUAAAUAAUAGCUAAAUUGUACAGAGAUUCUCCUCCUAUUUAUCGUUAUAUACCUGCACUUUGAUCUGUGUCAGUAGUGUUCUACACAAAUAAACCGGUUCUGUUGCGAUGAAAUGAAA